AACGAAUCCGAAAAUAAUCGCAUUGCCAUGUUACCGUUGCACAGAAUGAAGAACCACGGGAGCGUCAAUGGCGGCGGGAAGCCAUCCACGGAUGAAGACCAGGUCAAGGAAGAUGGGGACAUCUCGAGGCUGGCCAUAUCGACUCUGCAGGCUCGGGAAGAAGAGAUCGCGAGGAAGAAGAUGGAGGUGAAGGAGAGAGUGGAACUCCAACUGGGGCGUGCUGAGGAAGCGACCAGGCGGUUAGCUCAGAUUUGGGAGGAGCUGGAAGAGCUAGCAGACCCCUUGAGGAAGGAAGUCGCAACUGUUCGCAAGAAGAUUGACGUGGUCAUCCGUGAGCUGAAGCCGCUCGGACAGAGUUGCCACAGAAAGGAAAAGGAGUACAAAGAAGCCAUGGAAGCUUUCAAUGAGAAGAGCAAGGAGAAGGCUCAACUGAUGGCCACAUUAAUGGAGCUUCUAUCUGAGAGUGAGCAGUUAAGGAUGAAGAAGCUUGAGGAGCUGAGCAAGAAUGCAGAGUCCGUGCAUUGACAAUCAGACAUGAUGAUGCUUCCUGAUAGGAGUGAUCAAGCUGUGCUUAUUUAAGUGCUUCAAUAUGGUCGUUUUUAUUUGAUUUCACAAGUGUGUAUUUGAACGUUUUUCCUUAAUGAGUGGAUAUUUAGAGAGCGAACGAUUGUGUAUGAACAUUCAAACGCAUUUGAGUUGUGUAAUUUGGGGUCCAUUUAUUUGGAAGUAAACUGUUUCUAAGAAA